AUGGCAGACAAAAAGGGUCCGAAAGCCCAUGACUAUAUAGCCGAAACCACCAUUUUUAAAGAGCCCAUUUACUUUCUCCUCCUUACGUUAGAGAGGGAACCAUUCUUUGUCUGGCCGAACCCUCCCAAGUUGAACACAGAAGAAGGUAAUAAUAAUAGUCGGAAGAGAUGCUCAUACCACAAUGAGCUUGGGCAUUACACCACGGCUUGCGCUCCGUAUAAAGCACUUUUGGAAAAUCUGGCGGAGCAGGGACUUCUCGAUGACCAUAUUGAUUGGACCAAAAUGCCGAGGAGACAGCCGAAUGCCGGUGGACGAAAUCCUAUUCCCCGUCCGAUCGGAGUCAUCAACAUUAUUCACGGACCAACUACAAGGGAGGCAGCAAAACAGCUUCGUCUAGAGCUCUACAAAGCUCAGAAACUUACCCAAAUUUUUUCUAUCGAUCGUGCUCCUAAGCGGAUAAAGACGCUUGAGCAUCAGGGAAGCUCGGCGGAAGUGAUAUACUUAUCCCUCUUCAAGGAGCUCAAAAUCCCAGAGUCAUGCCUUCUCCCAGCAGAAGUUCCCCUAAUUGGAUUCAGUGGAACGCCCGUUUGGCCGCUCGGUAGGAUCACCCUCCCCGUUGUUUUAGGCUCGGUUGAUUCUAAUCUGGAGUUCGUCAUCGUGGACGCCCCGAGUCCGUACAACGCAAUCCUCGGUCGAAAUUGGCUCCAUUCCAUAAAAGCCGUCGCCUCAACCUACCACCAGGUGGUUAGAUACAUCGGUGCUCACGGCAGACAAGAAGAUCUAAUGGGAGACCAGUUACAAGCCAGACAAUGCUACGUUUCAGCCGUCGGAAAGGCACCAAGCUCCAAACGUGUACACUGGGUUGAAGUCUAA